GGGCGGCGGCGGCGGGGGCGGAGGGGCCGCCCCGCCUCUUAGUCGGCGGCAGCUGCUCGCGGGGCCGCAGCCGCCCUCGUCCGCCGCCAUGCCGGGCUCGCUGAAGGAGGAGACGGCGCUGCUGCUGGAGGACUACUUCCAGCACCGCCGCGGCGGCGCGGCGCUGCCGCCCAGCGCCACGGCGGCCACGCUGCGGCGGGCGGCGGGCGAGCUGGAGCGCCGCGAGCGGCCCUUCUUCCGCUCCUGCGCGCCGCUGGCGCGGGCCGAGCCCUGGGAGGCGGCGGCGCUGCUGACGCGGGUGGCGGCGCAGCUGGAGGCCGAGGGCGGCCUCAACUGGGGCCGGCUGCUGGCGCUGGUGGUCUUCGCGGGCACGCUGGCCGCGGCCAUGGCCGAGCGCGGCUGCGGCGACGGGCCCCGCCGCCUCGCCGCCGCGCUGGCCGCCUACCUGGCCGAGGAGCAGGGCGAGUGGCUGGAGGCGCACGGCGGAUGGGAUGGCUUCUGUCGCUUCUUCAGACAUGGCUCUCAACCAGCUGACCAGAACAGUACCAUAAGCAAUGCAAUAAUGGCAGCAGCAGGGUUCGGAAUAGCAGGAUUAGCUUUUCUCUUGGUGGUGCGAUAGGCUGAUGAAUGGAUCUUGCAAUGGGAAAGUACUCUCAAAACUGACAAUUUCCAGAUUUCAUUCUAUUUUCUCUAGAACAGACCCUCUAAGAAGAAGUUUAUAUUUUUAAACUGGUUCGGAAAACUGUCUUACCAGGUCCUUGGCUAUAAACUGCUUCACUCGCUACCCAGUAACAGCACAAAAAAAUGUGUACUAAACCACCAUUUGUGCAUGUUCAAAACCUGUCGUCUGCAAACAUCCUUUGGACUUUCUUUUUAAAGAUGUAACCUAAACAUUACCAUGGUUCUUGUACUGUAACUUCUGAGUGCUCAAUGUUAUGCUAGGAUGAGUUAUGGUGGACAUGAAACUAAAUCCUCUGUUCAAGACGUCUUAUUUAAAUGGAGGCAAGUCUCAGAACUCGACUUCCAUUAAUACUGUAAAGAGGGCUGAUGUUGACUGUGAUAUAACAUGAUUUGUAGCUUCAAAUGCAGUGCACUGCACUUGUUACUGAAAGGCAACUCAUUGGUUGAUUUAGAGCAAUUAGUACCCAUGAUGUGAUAUAUGUGAUAUAAGGCAUUAUGGCUUAAUAUAACAUAAGGCUGAUUUCAUUACACUACAAGAAGAUAAGUAUUGAUACAGAACAGUAAUGGCUGCAGUACCAGUUCUUACUGAAAGGAAUUUAAAUAUUAAACCUUAAUUGGUAUAUUGAAAUCCAGUGAAGGCUGGAAUUUCUCUGGAUUUCCCUGACAAAACGAGAAUUUCCAUAUAUCUUAAUAUAUUUUUGAAGUAUUUAUCACCAUAUAAUACUUGUAGCCAUGACAUCUUUAUUUUUGUUUAAAACUUCAUUUUUAAUGCUGGUUCUUAUCACUCUAGUGUGUAUCAAGCAUUGUCUUGUUUGAGUAAUAUUUCACUCAUGCUGUGUAUUUCUUUCAAUGGUUGUACAAAUUGCCUUAUGUUUCUGGUAGCUUUUAACGUUCCUGGGUUACUUAUAGCUUGUACAAUUUUACUAUGGUGACUUCAAAUUGUGAAUAAAUGUUAAGUAUUUUUAUUUUAAAAA